UCCUACUGGCUGCAGCUCCAGCCCCACCCCCUUCCCAGCACAUAAACCCUCCAGCCUCGCUGCAUCUCCACGGGCAGGACGGGGAGCUCCACGCUCACAGGCGAAGAGCAGCGCACAAAGCGGCGAGGGAACUCGGAGGAGGGAGUCACGGAGGACAGUGGCCAUGGACCUGAUCCCAAGCUUUUCCAUGGAAACGUGGGUUCUCCUGGCUACCAGCCUGGCGCUCCUCUAUCUCUAUGGGACGUACUCACACGGAGUAUUUAAGAAGCUGGGGAUUCCUGGGCCAAAGCCUCUGCCCAUUUUUGGAAAUGUUCUAGCUUACAAAAAGGGUAUUUGGGAUUUUGACGAGGAAUGUUUUAAAAAGUAUGGGAAAGUGUGGGGGUUUUAUGAUGGUGGACAGCCUGUGCUGGCAAUUCUUGAUCCAGACAUGAUCAAAACAGUGUUAGUGAAAGAAUGCUAUUCCACCUUCACAAACCGGCGGAUUUUUGGUCCAGUGGGAGUUAUGAAAAACGCCAUUACUCUGGCAGAGGAUGAACAGUGGAAGAGAACACGAAUAUUGCUGUCGCCAAGCUUCACCAGUGGGAAGCUCAAGGAGAUGUUCCCCAUCAUUGGCCAGUACGGAGAUGUGUUGUUGAGAAACCUGAGGAGGGAAGCAGAGAAAGGCAAGCCCGUCACCAUGAAGGACAUUUUUGGACCCUACAGCAUGGAUGUGAUUACCAGCACAUCAUUUGGAGUGAACGUUGAUUCCCUCAACAACCCACAGGAUCCCUUUGUAAAAAAUGGCAAGAAGCUCUUAAGAUUUGACUUCCUAGAUCCACUCCUUAUCAUAUCAAUGCUCUUUCCAUUCCUUUGCCCAGUCCUUGAGGUGUUAAAUUUCUCUUUGUUUCCGAAAAGUGCCGUGAAUUUUUUCAUCAGAUCUUUAGAAAGGAUUAAAGAAAGUCGCCUCAAAGAUGAACGAACGCACCGAGUGGAUUUUCUCCAGCUGAUGAUUGACUCCCAGAAUUCCAAAGAAACGGGCACCCAUAAAGCUCUGACUGACCUAGAAAUAGUGGCCCAAGGCAUUACCUUUAUUUUUGCUGGCUACGAGACCACUGGCAAUUCUCUCUGCUUCAUUAUGUAUGAACUGGCCACGCACCCCGAUGUCCAGCAGAAGCUGCAGAAGGAGAUCGAUGCGACUUUCCCCAACAAGGCGCCCCCCACCUACGAUGGCCUGCUACACAUGGAGUAUCUUGACAUGGUGGUGAACGAAACUCUCAGAAUAUUCCCACUUGCUGGGAGACUGGAGAGGGUCUGUAAGAAAGAUGUGGAAAUCAAUGGGGUGUUCAUUCCCAAAGGGACAGUGGUGAUGGUGCCAGUCUACGCUCUUCACAAAGACCCAGCACUUUGGACAGAGCCUGAGGAGUUCCGUCCCGAAAGGUUCAGCAAGAAGAACCAGGACAGCAUAAAUCCUUACACAUACCUGCCUUUUGGAACUGGACCCCGAAACUGCAUCGGCAUGAGGUUUGCUAUGAUGAGCAUGAAACUUGCGCUCGCCAAAGUCCUGCAGAACUUCUCCUUCAAACCUUGCAAAGAAACACAGAUCCCCCUGGAAUUAGGCACUCAAGGCCUUAUGCACCCAAAAAAACCCAUCAUUUUAAAAGUUGUGCCCAGAGACGGAACCUUAAAUGAAGCCUGACUUUCCCUAAGGACCUGGGUGUUGUUCUGCAAGGAAGCCGCGUCCCAGAGCACCAGAGACCUGGACUGACUUUGUGAGAAAACCCAGAAAUGAAAACGGGCCUCACCCGCUGCCUUGUUGGAUGAUCACGGAUCCUGUACAUUCAUUGAGCCUUUUCAGGGUCUACGGGGAGUGUUGUAUGUUGUGUCACAUGAAGGAGGUGACUAGGAAGGGCCAGAUACGUAGACUCAGCUUCCCAAGUUCUCACAGGACCAUCUCCACCCACCCCCAGUUAGUACCAUCUACUCCUCUGGAGCACUGAUCAAGAAUGAAAAUUUCUCAACAGUUUUUUCAACAAAAUUUAAUGAAAACAAGAAUUGCAGUGGUGACUGAAGUAGUGACAUUUAGAUCACAGAUUUUUUUGAAGAUUCUGAAUUAAAUAUUCUAUUGAGCAAGUCAAUAAACAUCUCUCUGCAGAAGUAUUAUCUGCUGCCUUUGUUCACAUUAGGGGGAACGCGCACCACUGAAUCGGGGAGACUCAGUGACUAAAUGCUUUGACCGUCACAAUCACUGGUGGGUGGAACCAAUCUGAUGUAUUAAAUAGGUAAGAGUUACAGCACUGGGACUUCAUCCACUGCUUAGAAAGUAUGUUCAUAGUUUAAAUCUACCUGUUUUGGACACAUAUUUUCUUCACACCUC